ACACAGUGGAAGCGACGGUGUUGUUCAGCAGCCAUUGAUGCUCCUUGUCAGGACUCAGGAGGAGGACGCACCGAUUUUACCGAGAAUUUACCGAGAGCGACGCUUCUUCCCCCUUCGCCAUGGUGUACCACUCUCUCGCCCUGCCCAUGAUCUGCUUCACCACGCUGUGGGCGCUGGUGGGGGUCGUAGCCCCGUUUUUAGUGCCCAAAGGACCCAACCGAGGCGUGAUUGUCACCAGUCUCAUCCUCACAGCGGUCUGCUGCUACCUGUUUUGGUUGGUUGCUAUUCUGGCCCAGGCUAACCCUCUGUUCGGCCCUCAGCUGAAGAACGAGACCAUAUGGUAUCUGCGCUACUUCUGGGAAUAAACAUGUCAGGACGAUGCAACGUCUCCUCCCUACGUUCCUGACCCUCCAAUUUGCUGAAUUCUGUUCAACAUAAUUCGUAAAAAAAACCUUUCUAUCUCCCAUCAGUGAAUCCUCCUUCAGUCUUCUCUGCAGCCUGGGACAAGUAGAGAGUGUAGAGUACAGUGUGUGUGUCAUUUAAGAGUUUAUCAGAAGAAAACAAAAUUCAUCUCAUGACUCAGUGAAUCAGGAAAACACUUUGUGUGAAGGAUGUCAUGAUGACUUGAUUUCAGAGUAAACGCUACAAUAUAUUACAGUAUACCAUACAGACAGUUCAGCACAACUCAAACCGAACAAAAACAAAGUUACACAACAACCGCAUUAUUAUUUUGUUAUGUUGGCAUCAGAAGAUAUAAAUAAAUGAAACUUUCAGACCUAUAAUCAGUGUUCAUGUGAUUUUACACAUUCAUAGUGCUGUGAAAUCAUGAACACAUAAUGGUGACAAUUGUAAUAUGGUGAUUAACUCUGUGACAAUAAUGGUGACAUCCCUCAAUGAAAUGUGUUUGUGUUUCUCUGUUUGACUGUUGUGUGAAGCUGUCGUCAGGGAACAUGAUUUUUGAAAUCUUUGUGUUAUUUUGUGCAGAAUGUGAUGUGAUGCAUGUGUGAGUGUGUGUUGGGCCACUGACAAUGACAGUCUCAGAGAGCGACUCCACUUCAGCACCACAUUCCUCAUUGCCAUGGUGAUCCUGUCGCACAAUUAAUUCCAGCUCUCCUUCAUCCUUUUUUUUUUGAUAAAAUCCCUCCCUGGCUGUCUUGUUAAAGCUCCGCCCCUAAAACCCAAGAAAGCGCUGUGAUGAAUCUGGUCACACACGGCAACAACGUGGCGAGAAACAAAGUAUUGACCCAAGCUUGAACUGCUUAUCAUGUUUUAACGUUGUGUAGGUUAUUUAUACUCUGCACUGGUGCCUCCUCCUCAUCAAGCAGCCAUCGCCACAGCUACGCCCCUCUUCUUCCUCCCUCUCUUCCUCUAAAACCACUUUGCUUCACCCAAAAAAAAAUCAAAAUCAAUAUACAGCUACUUUUUAGAAAGACCAAAUUACGUUGUAUCUUUUCCUUCAGCCCUCUUUGAUAGUUGUGGCGUGUGCACUGUACAGUGUGUGGGGCCCAGACCACGUCACAUCAUAUCUUCCCAUGCCAAAGAAAGCUGAUUUUAGCAGUUUUUAGACAAACAUCUUCUCAGAAUUAGGGCACACGGUGACAGCUGAGGUUUUUUAGUGGCGGUCGCCUCUUGAGUGACGGCCUUUUCUGCAGAGAAACUGAAGAUUGCAAGUCCUCUUUCCCUGCACUUUAGAAAACCAGUGAUUUUAACAACAUAGAUGUUGAUCCACCGUUUACUCCUUUAAUCCGUCUGUAAGUUCAAAUGUUUGUACAUCAAAACAUCACGAGUUGACCAAACAAGGCAGCAGUCGAGCAGUAGCUCUUGUUUCACUACAGAAGAGCGAGGUUUUGUAGCGCUUCUUAAAGAGAGUGCUCAGUAGGUCAGAUACGGCCUCACUCAGACUUUACCCACUAAUGUGACUUGGUAGCAGAUCAUUCCCAGAGCAUCAUCUCACAUACAGUUUCUCUCAGCAGCUUUCGUUGGCAGCUGGUGUGAAGUUCCAUGUUGUCCAACUCCAAGCUGAGCCAGAGGCCACAUGACCACAGGAGUAGGCGGAGCACAGUUAUUAGACAGUGGGUCAGAAAUUGUUAAUGACAAGUCAACAGGAGUGUGUCAGACGUUCAGGUCUCUGGUUGUUUCCUCUUCAUUUCCUGGAAUCCCACGUCCCCACAGAAACCUUGUGUUGUGAGUUUGUUCUCGACUGUAAACUGAACCAGAUCAGUCACAGACGAGUCAUUAGAUCAGAGAAGCUCACACUGGAUGUGAAGUCACCAUGACAAAUGUGAAAUCUGUGAUUUUCUUCAGUUCUUUUGAAAACCACAGACACAGUUUUAUCUGGCAGCGUGGAUGGAGAUGGAAUCACCAUGGUAACACAUCGGCUGAAUGACAGAUCUAAAUGUUGGUGGAAAUGAGUUUGUGUCUGUGACCUUGUUCUAGUGUGAAGUCAAUGCUUCUGUGUGAGUGGAACUGUCUGUGAAUCACCCAAUAAAGAAAGAAACUGUU